CGGAGUUGAAGAGGAGCUGAGCUCAUGAGGAGAAACUUCCGGAAAGAUAUCCGCAAGGUGCUAAGUUAUAUAUUAUAUAUUAGAAACUCAUCUGCAGGACACAGGCUUGUAUUUUAGGUUUAGAGUGGUAUUAUGCUGACGUAAUAGCCACCAAAACGGUUUUCGUACGAAAGUCUCAAGUCUUGACGAUUUAUUCCAGAUGAGACGAGCAAAGCGACAGUAACUAUGGGUGAAGCGCUCAGCUCUAAAUUACCGGUCAGACAGAAUUCACCUUCUCCUAAAUCGGGUUGGGAUUCAACUGAGCAUGCUUUUCAUGUUCCCUUGGACAUCCUUGAGGAAAUCUUCCUAAAUCUGCCUGCCCACCUGGUGGUUUGUGUGUGUCGAUUAGUUUGCCAUCAUUGGAAAGAUGUCGCAGAUAAUGAGUCUCUCUGGAGACAAAGGUGCAGAAGAGAAGGGUAUAAUCUGCACGAAUCUUCUAAAGUACCCAGCGACUGGAGGUUCUUUUACUUCAUGUGCAAGAAGAGGAGAAAUCUCAUAAAAAAUCCAAGAGGGGAAGAUGAAUUACAGGGUUGGACGAUAGUAAGGAAUGGCGGUGAUGGAUGGAGAGUAGAGAAACCGAUGGCACUUCACCCAAAUACAGAAGUACAAACAAACUUUGUAACUUCCUUCAGAACGUGCACAAAGUCACAGCUCAUUGAUUUGGUGAAGGAGGGCUACAGCCAGGCUUUUAUGGACGAGAUCCAGCCCCACAUCAAGGUGUCCGACUGGUACGCACCUCGAUGCAACUGUAAGUACAACAUGUCCGUCAAGCUUCUGCACAGCAACAAUAGGGUUAUUCAGGAAUUUACUCCCGAGACUAUUCACCUACUCGAACAAGAAAAUCACAGGUGGAAACAGAUGAUCCACGUGUUUAAGGACUACGGACCCGGAGUCAGAUACGUCUACUUUGAGCACGGCGGUAGAGAUUCUGUGUUCUGGGCGGGAUGGUAUGGGAUUCGCUUAACAGAAACAUCCAUUGAAUUAUGUCCAGCACUGGACAAACAGAAUUAUGAAUCCUAUAGUGGUUAAGAAAACGGGUUUUAACUACCACUCUAUUAAAACAUUACUCUUUUGGCCUUUAACCUGAGAAACAUGCUGUAAAACAGACAUCUAAUCUUGAUCAUCUUAAACUGUAACAAGCCUAUAUUAAAACCCAAUAUUUACAAGAUUGUUGAUUUUUGUACUUUUAAAUCUGGUAUAUUUGGAAUGUUCUCAGUCUGAAACUUUCUAGUAACUACUGCUUUAACAAUUAUGUAACCCAGUGUAGUCAUGUUUUUAAAUGCUCGUUCACACUGCUCUCAAUGUGCUAUUAAAUUUUUGUACAGUUGUAUUGUUGCCGCCACUUUUUUUUGUCCACGUGUGUAAAAAUGUAAAUAAUUUCCCCUUUGUAAUUAUCAAGACACAGAAGAACAUGUUAUUUGAAGAUUUAAUCAUAAUACUGGUUUAUUGUGCUUUUUUUUUAUCACAAGCAAGACACAGUACAACUUUGUCAAGUUGAAUACAAUGAAAAAACAUCUUUCAGGUUAAAUUGACUUCAGCGCCAUCUCAGCUUCUCAAAACCUCAUGAGUAAUGCACAAUUUCAUUCAGUAAAUAAGUUAUUCUUACUAUAUUUACAAGUCACUUCAACAAUUCACCUUAAAAAUUCGGCAUGGAAAAGACAUGUCAUUGGUUCAGUCCUUUAACAUCAAGCUGUUACUGAUGAGAUGCAGGCAAUGUUGAGGUUACCAAAUAACUGAACUCGUUGUAAAACUUUGGCCUGUAAACUAAGAUACCCAAGUCACCACAAUGAAGAUUUAAGCUUGACCUAAAUGCUGUGAAAAGUUAUCUGGCAAAAAAAA